GAGGGUCUGUGCUGGGGAGCUUAAGUGCUUGCUGGCUUGCUUGCCUUUCUUUUAAGCACGAACGGUUGGUGUUCGGGGUUCGUGUUCUUCGUUUUAUUUCCUCAUUCCUUUUUGUUGGCUUCGCUUUGGACUUUACCCUUGCCCUUGAGCCUGGAACGAACUGUCGGUCUGUUGAUGGGUUUAUCAUUGGUCUCGGUGCCCUAGGAAGUCCAGUCACUCGCCCUCAGCGUGCCCUAAUUAAUCCGCGCGGCCGGGAGAACUCACCAUGAACGCUCCUCAUCUCAAUCACAUCCGAUAUGAAGACCCUGAAUCGACCGACACCUCCUCCUCUUCCAAUGCAUCGCGGGACAGGAUUAUCAUCGGCGUCGUCGUCGGUGGUGUAGCCGCCAUAGCGAUCACCGCUGGCAUCCUCUUCGUCCUGCUCAAAAAACGCAAAUGGGAUCGCAUCCGUCGGUACGAGGAACGAGUUCUGGCCGCGCACGCCGCCGACGGGACAAGCGGGCACGGGUACAAAGCGUAUGGGUUCGCCCCGGGGGAUCUGGAGCUAGGAGAUACGAGGGCCUCGUCGUCGCUGUCGUGGACGUAUGGCGGAGCGCCGCAGUCGCUGGAGCAGAAUCCAGGUCCAGGGCCAGAACCGGGUCAGCAUCAGAAUCAAAGUCAAAGUCAAAGGCAACGAAGGGAAUCGCACGACUCUGUCUCUCCCCCUCCUGCUUAUCAGCCUCUGCCUGUGUAUGAUCCCUCGAGGUACUCGGGUAUCGGGAUCAGUACGUUGCCAGCGGCCGUUAAGCCGUCGUGGAAGAAGGGUAGCAGUAGAGGGUCAUUGUCCAUGUCAGGGUCCGGGUCGGGGGCCAAUCCACAUCGAAAUUCGACGACGUAUAUCGGGGGAUUGGACCUGCCUUCGGAUCAGAGGGGAGGGUCCCUGGGUAGGGCGUCGCCGGAGGGGCCGAGGUCGAUGGAGUCGGAGGGAGGGGAGGCAUCAUCCGGUCAAGGGGUGCGAGGACCACGACGGCCGAAACCGGUUCUGUCGAGGUUGAUUACCAAUCUGUGAUGAUCUGGUGAUCUGAUCUGCUAUGAUGAGAUAUGAAUGGGCUUGGAUUGAAGUGCUUGGAUGGCGUCUGGGAUUCAAUUGGAUUGGCGUUUGGGACUGGGUUGGGAUAACUCACUCGUUUGAUGGGAUACUCAUGGAGUCCAUGGUAUGAAGUAAUGAUAAUGACUUGUCAUUCCUCGGUGGAUGGACAUGAAAUACAAAAUUUGGACUGAUCUUUCUGCU